AGCGGAAGCAUGUUCUCCUGCCUUGCUGAGUCUGUUGCCUUCGAUACCGGCUAUGCCGGCUCCAGCGGCAUCCAGCCGCAGUCCUGGGUGAACGGCAACGGAACCUCCUACAUCUACUUCGGUUCCGGCCAGUUCGACGGACAGGGCUCUGGACAUGACUACAUGGGCACCCUCUACAUGCCCCCAACCGGCUACGUCAACAACUGCGAUGGUGGCCGCAGCCACACCUAUUGCGAUUACCGCCAGGAGUAAAUGGUUGGAAUAGAAUAAAACUAAGAGUCAAUCA